UGUUCCUCCAUAUUUUAUUUGUUCCUUCUUCAUCUAUAAAAAAGCUGAUCAGUAACUAUGUAGUUUGAGGUACCUAUAUAUCCUACCUGUUUUGUAGUUGUUCCUUCUAGCAUUAUGGAAUUUUAAGAGAUUUAAUGAUAUUUUGUAUCAUCACUUCAUCCUCCUCACGAGCCUUAUUGUCUUUCAUGUCUCCUAAAACGUUUCUAAGCUAAAUAUAUCCAUCCUCGGGGCUAAAACUUAAAAGAGUGACCAAUUUUCUGAUCAACCAAAGUACAAUCCCACUUGGUCAAAGCUCCAUUUCCAUAAAGCAACUUUUGAAAAUUCAAGCAAAAAACAACAAAAUCCAUUUCCACCACUGAUCACUGAUCGAUAAUCAAAGUCACAAGCCUUAAACCCCGAGCCAAUCCGAAAUCCUUAGAGGAUGGUGGGGCACCGAAAAAAUUUCGACGUGAAGCACCGCCUGAAAACCCAUCGGAUCCGCUAUUCCCGUCUCGCUCCCACUUCAGUUACCGGCAUCACCGUCCAACCGGGAGCGCUCCAGAACUCUGGUUCCUGGCGAAUUUUAAUAUCAUUCCGAUUCACAAGACCGUACGCGAGACAUUUGUAUAUAAAAGUUUUGUGUAAAUUGUGUACGAUUUCUCCGUGUUUGUAUAUACCCUCCGCCGUAAAUAUACAAUAUUGUGUGUGUAUGUGUAUAUAUCCUGGAAUGUAUAUCAAAUAAAAAGAUCUGAAUUGUUUAUAGUUUAUAUGAAACUGGAUGUAAAUGUUUUGAAGAAUGAUGAAAGAGCAGCAGUUGAUCGAAGUCGGCGGUGGUGGCCAGUCUUCCGGUACCGGUUUAACAAUUCAGCAACAUUUAAAUCAGCUGCAGCUACACCAUCCAAGUGUAAUCUCCUUAAACGAGUCAGCUACUUCAAACCAAAAUCUCUCUAACAAUCCGAUAAGCAGCAGCAAUGUAUCGCCAGAGAGUACAGGAGAUCAAGAUCAAAAACCCAGCAGCUCGGAUAAGAAAAGCGGCAUUAGACGACAAGAAAAACCUCCGUACUCCUACAUAGCAUUAAUAGUAAUGGCUAUACAACAUUCACCAACAAAACGUCUAACUUUGAGUGAAAUUUAUUCGUUCCUACAACAACGGUUCCCCUUCUUCAGGGGCACUUACCAAGGAUGGAAAAACUCGGUGCGUCAUAAUUUAUCACUCAACGAAUGCUUCAUCAAACUGCCGAAAGGCCUAGGACGUCCCGGUAAAGGCCAUUACUGGACCAUAGAUCCCGCAAGUGAAUUUAUGUUCGAAGAAGGCUCGUUUAGGCGACGUCCUAGAGGCUUCAGAAGAAAAUGCCAAGCAAUGAAACCCCAAUACCAUCCGGGCAGCUUCUUCGCCAACAACAUGUCCAGCAUGGUUAAUCAACCGACCGGAUACGACCAUCAAUCUUUGGUACCUACUCAAGAUUACUCUACUUGUUCCUAUACCACACCAUCUCCACAAGUAACCUCAGUUCCUGGAGGACCUUAUGGUAAUUACGAUUAUCCAACAGGGCUUUAUCAGCAACAGUGCGACAGGGAGUGGGGUUCCAAUUCGUCAGGACUUUUACCGUCGUACGGUGAUAGUGCCAUUUCGAGUAGUUACAUGAAAGCUCCGUUGAGCCCGAUGCCAGAGAAUCAGGAUACUCCACCGCCGCCUGUAGAUAAUUAUUAUCAGUAUGGGGUCAUAUCUACGUCGACAGAAAAUUUGAUGAGACCUCCGAGCAAUGGCAUGCAACACUCGAAUCAAUGUGAUAGAAAACCUUACUUGACGCCUCCACAUUCGACUUCUUUGCCUUCAUCUUUACCGUCACCUCCAUCGGCUAAUACCUUUUACGAGGCACCUUUAAAAUAUAGUAUGCAGUAAUUUAUUGUUAGUAUAAUUUCCUUAUUUAUGCUUUAGAAACAUGCUUUGUUCCAAAUUGAGGCAAUUUAGCUUUAUUAUUGAUAGAUUAGUAUUUUUUUGAGGUUGAGAUGGGAUUUCAUAAUUUAAUUAAAUAUUGUACAUAUAAGUAUAUAUUUACAUAUUUAGUUAGUUAAUUUAAUGAUAUGGGUUAGCAUUAAUUCGAUUUAAUUUUUCGCUAAUAAUAAUUAGUAAGCAGGUAUAUUUUUGGCGGUUGACCAAUCGAAGUUGUACAGCUAGCUACUGAAGCCAAAUUAUUUUGUACAUAUAUAAUUUGAGAGUUUGUUAUAUAUUAUUAUAUAUUGUUUAUAGGUUAUUAUUGCUAUUAUAUUUGUAAGUUAGAGGCAAAUGCAA